AUGGAGGCGGCGCAACGCCCCCUCUAUGAGAGGGCCCUGACGGCUAUGCAGGCGAUGCAAAAUGCCAGCAGGGCAUGGCUGAAUACCAUUGCAGCCAUACAGUUCCUGUCGAUCCUUCUUAUCGGCAUGAAAGGGUGUGCGGCUGGUGGAAAAGCCAGCAAAGGCAAGGCCACUGGCCUUGCUGGAAUGGCGAGGUGCGUAUGCAAGGCCUUCAUUGUCUACAGCAUCCUCCCCACCACGGCGGCGGUCCACACGCACACAGUGAGACAUGAACCCCGAACCAGGCCAAAACUCUCUGACAUCCAGCUUUGGAGCACUGGCCAAAUGACCAUGCGAGAGCAGCUUGUUGCUGCCCACACGAGGCUUAUUCUUGAAGCCCCGCUACAACACGGAUCUGGAGAAGCGGCGCUCCCCGUCUACGCGGUCACCCCUCCAGGUGCUCCUCUACCAGAUCAUGAGAAUGAGGAGACUGCAGAGACAACCUUUGAAGAGGCGCACGUCACGGCAUGGAUUGCAUGCCCUUUCUUUGAAAGUGAAAUCGUUGAUGCCUAUUUGGCCUUCCCGCUCAGCGUCGAACGACUCAAAGACACCAUCAAAGAGGCUUGUGCAAUCAUGCCCCACUAUGCGGACGAAUAUGUCCCAACUUCGCCCCAGAUCAGCGACCACUUCGCCAGCUUCAUUGCCCUUCCUGGAUGGAUUCUCCACACAGACAAGGUUGGGUUAGUGAUGGACUGUCGCCUUGUUGGGGGCACAGUCUUCGCUUUCUUUACGGAAGGGCCGCUCACCCUCCAGUGCGUUCGGCAACACGUGAAUGACCUACAGGUGGAGGAAAUUGAUGCUUUCCCCUUCGGGGACCCCAACCCUCUCCUCGAAGGCUUCCCGGUGGCCCCAGUUGUUGGCGGUGUAGUUCAAAUCACAGCGCGAGGUGGAACCCCUCGCUGGUCAGACACUCUUGAGCAUCGCCUACAACAUCCUCGGCGCUGGAACCCCACAGUGGAACCCCCAGGUGCAAGAGAUGGACUCCACUCGGUAUACCAGUCGUCUGACGAUCAGGUAGUGGAACUCAUAGAGUCGGAUGAUGAGAGACCGCUUGAGGUUGCAGCCGCGGAGGCCCUGGAGAUCAAUCACUACGAGAUUGCUGUCCACGCCCCCAAUACGAAAGUAAGGGGGCUCUCGCUUUCCGGCCGGCGUGUUUGGUCACAAAUUGCGGUCCUGGAGGCGGACCAGCCGGAGCCUGGAGACCCCAUUGUCGCCUUCCUAGAUUUGCGGGGGCUGGGAUAUUUUCCACAGUGGGUUCAGCUGCCGCUUCCUCUCUUUAGCCCAAAGGAGUACCUUGACGGUCUACAAAUUGGCGAAGUUCCAGGAUGGGAUGUUGCAGUCAAUGGCGGUGAACCAUCCCUAGACGGCCCAUGGAUAAAACUUGAGCAUGGGGAGGUCCUUGAGCUCUUCAUGCAGAAGCUUGAGUCCAGCUCGGAGGACACUGAGACUAGCCAUCAGGCCAAUGAGGAUGACGAGUCCGAGGACAGCAGCUACACGGACCCCCUCCCGCACUCCUCCGACUUCUCCGAUGGGCCGAGUCCAGCUGGGCCGGGCCCCUUUGGUCCCCCUCCCCCUCAGCCUGUUUCAGGCGAACGCAGCCGCAGCCCAAGACGAAGGUCCUCACUGCAUCCCAUUGAACGCAAGGAUGAUGCAGACCACAGCCCGUCUGAGCUAAAGAUAGCAGAUCAUCUACCGGUGCAGGAGCACGACCUCACACAGGAGACGAUCUUACUACCAGAUGUUCAAGACAAGGCCCUCUCCCUGUUGCGACCAUGGUCUCCUUCAUGGCUAAAGGCUGAGCUCCACUCUUGUGAGCUCAAGCCCACUACUGCCAAGCGAGUUGCAGAACUUGUACAUUGGUCGGACAUUUUGGGCGCAAAUGAACAAAUUGAGCUCAGUAUUUAUACAGAUGGCUCCUGGCUCUCCUCCAAGAAGAUCGGAGGAGAAUGGCCAUGCACAACAGACUUCGCCCGAAGGCUACGUGAUCUACAACGGUGGGCUGACACCAUGCUGCAUGCCCCGAUCAAGUACAGGCAUGUCAAAGCCCACGUAGGCGAGCCCUACAAUGAGCUCGCUGACUCGAUUGCCAAAGCGGCGGCGCAGGGCAUUUCUUUCGCAGCCCCACCGGCAAGCGCAAUUGCUGUCCUGCUGAAUGCCGACCUCUCCUGGCUCUCUCUCACCUCUUCGCCUCGCCUCGACGCUGCUUACCCCUGGGCCGCGGGCCCAGCCUUGAGAUGGCACAGAGAUGAGCACGAGCUGUCCAACCUCCAGCCGCAACAGCUCAUCCCUACCACUGCCAGAACCUUUGAUCAAGCACAUCGAGAUGGUGUUGAUUUUGAGACUGUGGUGGUGACAUGGAAUGUCCAAGGCCUAGGUGGGCAGCACCGCUACAUUGAGGAGCAGCUACAAGAGGUCAAGUUGCUCAUCAUCUCGGUUACCAUUGGCAAUGUGAAGAUCAUUAUCUUUUCGGCACACUGCCCCCACAGCGGCCAGAGGGAGGAAGCAAGGAGCUUCCUUCAGCAUCUCCGGCGAGAACUCCGGCCCCGCAGCAGCACUGCCCUCAUCAUCGGCGGCAUUGACCUCAAUGGACGUAUGACAGUCGAGGUCUCUGGGGUAACCGGUGACCUGCAGUACGGAGACCAAGAUGAAACGGGCGCUGAGGCAGCUGACCUUUGUAAGGAUCUUGGACUAUGGGUGCCUACUACCUACAGCAGAUACCACCGAGGACAGUCAGCCACUUUUCGCCACCCCCAGGGCACGGAGCACCGCAUUGACUACCUCUGGCAGGGAGGAGCUGCUGCGGUGCACGAAGCCAGUAGCAGAAUCCUGACAGGCUUCGACUCGGGCAGUGCAGGUGACGACCACUGGCCAGUCUUGGCAAUCUUCCGGGGCAUCCUUCAGCCCAUCAAGGACAUUGUCCGCCUAUGGAG